CGUGUGCGUGUGCGCCUGCUGGUGGCGCUGCUGUUCUUGCUGAGCCUCUCGUCCGUGCUGGCCAUGGACCCGAGCAAGGACUACUACAAGGUGCUGGGCGUGGGCAAGUCGUUCUCGGACCGGGAGCUGAAAAAGUCGUACCGGCAGCUGGCGCUCAAGUUCCACCCGGACAAGGCCGAGAACGCCGAGGACAAGGAGAAGGCCAAGGAGAAGUUCGUCGAAGUGUCCGAGGCCUACGAGGUGCUGUCCGACCCGGAGAAGCGCAAGGAGUACGACGACGCGCGGCGCUUCGGCGCGGCGGGGGGUCCCAACGGCGGCUUCCCCGGGGGAUUCGGCGGUCAGGGAGGUAGACGCCGCUCCACGGACGAGAACAUGGCUUCAUUCACGAAAAUGUUCGAGAAUAUCUUCGGUCACGGCUUUGGAGGAGCUGGUGCCGGCGCUGGAGGCUUUGGUGGAGGGUUCCCUGGAGGUGCAGGCGGUUUUGGAGGCAUGGGUGGAAUGGGGGGAAUGGGUGGGAUGCCCAACGAGUUCCAGUUCAGCGGCAUGGACGGCUUCGGUCACGCGCAGCGUCCGGGUGCAGGUGGCGCGUACCGUGGCAACCGCCAGGCUCGGCAGCCGACGACGUUGUUCGCGUCGGAUUCGCCCGUGCGGUCGCUGUCCGAGAAGAAGUUCCCGGGCAAGGAGGCCAACAACGAGUGGCUGGUGCAGUUCUACUCCAUGGACGUCCCCAGCGCCGAGUUCCGUGGCAAGUACGAGAACAUUGCAAGGGACCUCGAGGGGAAAGUGCGCGUGGGUGCUGUGAACUGUGACAAGUACGAGGACUUCUGUCGCUCCAAGGGGAUCAAGACCCACCCGUCCUUUGCGUACGUGUGGGACGGACAGCUGACCAAGUACGAGGGCGCGCUGGACGAGUACCAGGUGUACAACUUUGCCAUCGAGAAGCACAUCGUGCGGCUGCAGCGGAUGCGCGAGUCUGGCGAGCUGGAGAAGCUGCACGCGGGCAACGCGGCCAAAAUCUGCAACGUGGGCAAGCACGCGACGUCGGGCGCGUCCUCUCUGUGCGCGGUGUUCGUGCUCUCGGGAGACAAGAAGAAGCGCGAGCAGGAGAUGAAGGUGGCGCAGCAGGUGGCGGCCAAGUUCCGCCACUCCAAGAGCAUGAAAUUCGCGUACGUGGACUGGAAGGCGCAGCAGCGCACGGUGCGGAAGCUGGUGGAGACGGCAGUCGGCCACAACCACAGGCGCCAGGACCCGGGACUGCUCAUCAUCCGCACCAAGCGCGGCAAGACGCGUGUCGGCGUGCACUCGCUGGACGCCGACUUCAGCGCAGAUGCGUUAUCAGCCACUAUGGAGCGCGCGGUGGGCGGCGAUCUGUCGCUGGCGACCGUGCACGGACCUGUGAAUUUCCGCUGAGGGAGAGUAACGUAGUUGUUGGCAUUAAGCUCCCUGAUUAAUUCAUUUGUUAGAGUUCCUACACUCCCCCAUGAAGAACC